GAUAGGCGGCGCCUGCGGCCACCUCCCGAUCCGCCCUGCGCUCCCACCGUACCCCCGCUCCCACUCUCCCCCUGCUCCCUGCAUCCUUCCGCUCCCCCCCCUCCGCUUCCCCAUCAGCUCCAUCCCUUCCUUAUGUCCCUGCCCGCCACUUCCUCCGUUUCCCCUCUCUCUCCAUCCCUUCCUCUGCUCUCCCUCUCUCCCCCGCCUCCACCCGGCUCCGGCCCGCCCAGCGCCCGCAGCAUGUUCGAGCGGGAGGGCGGCUGGAGCUUCUCGUUCUCGGGCUCGGGGUUCCUGGGGCUCUACCACGUGGGGGUGACGGCCUGCCUGGACGAGCGCGCCCCGCACCUGCUCCAGGGCGCCGACAAGAUCUACGGCAUCUCCGCCGGGGCGCUGAGCGCCCUGAGCUGGGUCUGCGGGAAGUCGGCGGAUUUCUGCUGCUCGAUUAUCUUGGACACCGUCAAGGAGGUCAGGAGGAGAAGUCUUCCCUCGUUUGACGUCAUCGGACUUCUGAAGAAAGGUCUCUGUGAGCACCUGCCGGACAACGCCCACGAGGUGGCCUCGGGCAAGCUGGGCAUCUCCCUGACCCGGUGGCCCGACGGUCAGAACGUGGUGGUCACAGAGUUCGCCACCAGGGAUGAGCUCAUCCAGGCAAUGGUCUGCAGCAUGUUCAAUCCCUUCUACUGUGGUCUGGUUCCUCCGAUGUUCAGAGGAGUGCGCUACGUGGACGGAUCCCUGAGCAACAGCGUGCCUCUGAGCGAGCGCAGCUCCACGAUCACCGUCUCCUCCUACACCGGGACCCUGGACAUCUGCCCUCGGAGCCGCUCCGCCUGCUUCCACGAGCUCACCACCUGCAACGUCUGCUUCCAGACCCUCACCGAGAACCUCCACCGUCUCGUGCUGGAGCUCCUUCCCCCGGACCUCCGGAUAUUUUCCAGGCUCUGCAAGCAAGGUUACUUUGAUGCGCUGAGAUUCUUGGAGCAGCACGGAAUUGGGUCACCAUCAGCCCUGUCCACCCACGUAUCCCAGCGAGAGUCUUCGGCGGGCGCAGGCACUGCUGCUCUCAGGGGUUGUGGCGGCGCUGGCAAAGGGGAGGCCAUAGAGCAGGUGGCCGGAUGUCACGCUGAAGGGCUGGGGACCCCCGGCUCUGCAAAGGAGAUUCAAGACCUCAAGAUCCUGUCUCCUGAACUGAAAAAAGCUUUAAGGAAAGCGUGUGAGGAGGACAGGGGCCUCUUCGCCCGGUUUUCCCGCUCCUUUCCCGGCCGUAUGUUGACCUACUUCACGCUGCCCUGUAUCUUGCCAUUGGAGUACGUCUAUUUUUGCACCCAAAGGUUCGUGGAGUGGCUACCGGAUCUCCCUGACGACGUGGCGUGGAUGCGGGGGGAACUGAAGAUAUUCGGCUGCUUCGUCCUCUCUCGCCUCAGAGCGCGGCUCCUCAGAGCCCCGGGGCCCUGGGAACACCCCGGCCUGCACCCCCGAACCUCUCCGGCCUCCCGGAGACACUGUCGGGGGCUCGGGAAUGCCACGCCAGGGUAGAAACAGCUCAAUCUCCAGCUCUGGCCUAGCUGUGGUACCUGACUGGGACAGCCUCCCUCCUGCUCUUCUUCGAUUGGACAAUUGUUAAUCAACUAUCUUUUUAUCCCCCCCAAGGAGCCAAAAUUAAAUAUUUUAUUCAUCUAUUCA